CGGCGCGUGCUCCAGUGAGUGUUGCAUGGUUACAGCACGCGGACGUCUUGUCACUCUGCUCACGGGGUGCGCGGGACUGAACGUGAGGGCCUAAAGGCAUAGUCGAUUAAGCGGGAAGAAAAGACGGACGAUCACUUUAAACAACAAUUUGUUCCUUGUCUGUGAUGUUAUUACUUUCACGGUGAACUAUUUCCCCCCCCCCCUUUUUUUUUAGUUUUUAGUUUUUUUACAAACAACUGGUCACCGGUCCGCAUGGGGUCCUUCCGAGUGACGUUGAGUCUCCACAAGGAGCCGGACAACAAACCCGUUUUUUGCAAAAUGGACGGACAACGGUUCGCCCAGCAGCGGACAGUCAAAUUCCUUGCGGAUAGCAAAUACCGCUUCGAUAUUAACAUCCGCCCCGCCAAAAUGGUCAGAGGCAUAGCCGUAAUGGAACGAGCCCUCGAGGUGACCGACAACUCAUCAAAGUUGGAGGACGAAAACGCAUCGAGCUAUUCCGCUUUUUUUCAAUUAGACAAUCUACAGCCGUCCAAGAAAGGACAACGAGAAUCAGUAUCCCUGCACGUGAAGAUGGACGGAGGUUACGAGUUCACUACGACACUGCAAAUCAAAAUCUACAACGCAAAGAGCACGCAACAUUGUGACUGGGGAACGACUGUUCAUUCGAUCGAAUAUGAAUGCCAUACCGACCAGCAGAACAACAGUAUUAAAAUAGUUAAAGACACUUUCCGAUAAAGAGCAUUUAAUGGACGGGCAAUUAAAAUAAUUGCUGGCCAAGUGAAAUCACCCGCCCACAAUUAUGGCUUUCCAAACAAAAGAAUUGCGUUUCCCUCUACGAAUCAGAUUUCCAAAGAACAACGAGAUCUCAUCAGUUUUAAACGACAAAUAUUAGUGCAAAUUAUAUUAAAAGAAUCUAGUAGCAUUUCUGUCCUGGAUGUCGAGUGAUUGGUUGUGUUGUUUGAUUAAUUUAUUUGGCCUAUCAAACGGUAAGGCAAUGCUAUUACAUCCACCCUCAACCAUGACGAAGCAAGUCAUUUACGCCAAAGGUUUCAUCGUUAGAGCGCACAUUGCAACAAAAUAUUGCUUCGCGUUAUAGCAUAUUACCGAAAAGAAAGGGUUACAUCAAUGAAGAGGAGUUGUUUACGCAGGCAACACUAUCCAAGCAACAAUGGGAAAACUCUACUAGUGACGACAUGGUUCCAUCAACGGAAAGACGACGAUAAGCCAGGGAGCGAUCACACUAUUGCGGCAAAAGUUCUAUACCCGCAGCACAUAUCCCCUUCGCAUUUUAACCUCAUCCACCUCCAGCUCCUCCUCCACGCCUAGUCGGACGGUAGCAUACGCCACUGCUUCCAUCCCCCAUCAACGGAUUGUACUCUGAAUAAUGAUUAUGUGGAUAUCAAUGUUAAAAAUUUGCCUGUUUUAGAAUACAGUAUGUUGAAUGCUUCAAAAUGCAGUGAUGAUUUUACCUGGCUUCAACUUUGGUUUGUCA